GUGGGGCCCACAGGAGACCCCUCGGGGCCCAGGGGGCGUCACCUACGUGGACUUGUACCUCCACAAGUCGUCGGUGGCGGCCGUCUUCAGCGUCUCCUACCUGCUCAUCUUCCUGCUGUGCAUGCUGGGUAACGGCGUGGUUUGUUUCCUGGUGCUGCGCAGCAAGAACAUGCGCACGGUCACCAACCUCUUCAUCCUCAACUUGGCAAUCAGCGACCUGCUGGUGGGCAUCUUCUGUAUGCCCACCACGCUGGUGGACAACAUCAUCACGGGAUGGCCGUUUGGCAACAUGGUGUGCAAACUAAGCGGGAUGGUUCAAGGAAUCUCAGUGUCAGCGUCCGUCUUCACGCUGGUGGCCAUUGCUGUUGACAGGUUUCGCUGCAUCGUCUUCCCCUUCAAGCAGAAGUUGACAAUCUCCACGUCCAAGCUGAUGAUCAUGGUCAUCUGGGUGCUGGCGGUGUCCGUCACGUGUCCGUCCGGCGUCAUGCUGCAGGUCAGCAAGGAGCCCGCCGUGCGCGUCGUCCUGCGGCGGGACAACGCCACCCGCCCCUUCUACUGGUGCCGGGAGAACUGGCCCAGUCAGGCCAUGCGGAAGCUCUACACCACGGUGCUCUUCGUCACCAUCUACCUGGCGCCGCUCAGCCUCAUCGUCGCCAUGUACGCCCGCAUCGGCCUGGCGCUCCUCAAGACCGCCGUCCCCGCGCUGAGGGGCAGCGGGAUCGGGCCCGGCGGCAGCAAGGCCAACGUGGAUGCCCGCCACGCCAUCUCCAGGAAGAAGAAGAGAGUGGUCACGAUGCUGCUGGUGGUGGCGCUGCUCUUCGCGGUGUCGUGGCUGCCGCUGUGGACGCUGAUGAUGCUGAGCGACUACGCCAGCCUGAGCGAGCGCCAGCACCGCAUGGUCAACAUCUACUUGUACCCUCUGGCGCACUGGCUGGCCUUCUUCAAUAGCAGCGUCAACCCCAUCAUCUACGGCUUCUUCAACGAGAAGUUCCGUAGAGGCUUCCAGGCGGCGUUUAAGUUCCAGCUGUGCUCCGUCGUCACCGAGCAGCAGAGGAGCUUCUCACGUCGCGCCCGGCGGGGGAACGGCGUCCUCCCGAUUCGGCCGGCUGGCUCGGGACCCAAGGCGGUGUCUGCGGGGAGUCAGGAAGCUACGAGGGGUGACGCCGGAGCUCAGGAUUUCAACAUGGAGGACCUGGACAAGGUUUCCCAGAUUUAGUCUCGUGGUUCACGAUGUUGCUUCGUUUGCCGUUUUCUCUGCCUCGUUUUCGCUUUCGCCUCAAACUCGAGGCGUGUCGUGCCGUCUACUUCGGCCCCGCGGCAGUCCGGCAUUUCAGGAUUUGGAUUGUCCGUUCCAUGCUGCCUUGUUUUCUUUUUCAACGGCCGGAUCAAUCGUCUUUGGCUUUGGGGCUGCGUUGUGUGCGUUUCGUCGUGUCUCAAUGAGGGUGAGUCAAUAACGCCCGAAAUGGCCGAGCGAAUAAUUGUGUGAGUGCGUUAGAAUGAAAUUGUCCUCAUGUCACGAGACUAAGGCCUCGUUACAGUAACGCGUUACUGUAACGCCCUUAGUUUCGGCGGUAACUAGUAAUCUAACGCGUUAUUUUUUAUAUUCAGUAACUCAGUUACCGUUACUACAUGAUGCGUUACUGCGUUAUUUUACAGUAUUUUUUAUGUAGUAUCGGCUAGAAACAGAUGAUCUGAGUGUGUUUUAUUGGAGCGCUGCAGUUUCCUUUUUCAACGGCCGGAUCGAUCGUCUUUGGCUUUGGGGCUGCGUUGUGUGCGUUUCGUCGUGUCUCGAUGAGGGUGAGUCAAUAACGCCCGAAAUGGCCGAGCGAAUAAUUGUGUGAGUGCGUUGGAAUGAAAUUGUCCUCACGUCAUGAGACUAAGGCCUCGUUACAGUAACACAUUACUUUGUAACGCGUUACUGUAACGCCGUUAGUUUCGGCGGUAACUAGUAAUCUAACGCGUUAUUUUUUAUAUCCAGUAACUCAGUUACCGUUACUACAUGAUGCGUUACUGCGUUAUUUUACAGUAUUUUUUAUGUAGUAUCGGCUAGAAACAGAUGAUCUGAGUGUGUUUUAUUGGAGCGCUGCAGUUUCCUUUUUCAACGGCUGGAUCGAUCGUCUUUGGCUUUGGGGCUGCGUUGUGUGCGUUUCGUCAUGUCUCGAUGAGGGUGAGUCAAUAACGCCCGAAAUGGCCGGGAGAAUAAUUGUGUGAGUGCGUUGGAAUGAAAUUGUCCUCAUGUCACGAGACUAAGGCCUCGUUACAGUAACGCAUUACAAAGUAACGCGUUACUGUAACGCUGUUAUUUUCGGCGGUAACUAGUAAUCUAACGCAU